AUGGGGUCUUCUCCGCAUAUCCAAGGCACGGGCCUACACCGUCAUGAGAACAGGGAAGAUGCUCAAAAUCUUUCUGAAUAUGCCUCCGAAUUGACUGUCGAUAAUUCAGAAUUAUCGAGCAUCGAUGGCGAUAGCGAUUUCGAGACUGAAGAUACUGCAGUCUUCGAGGGUGACCCUCCGCCCUUACGGAGAUUGGAGGCCGCUCCGCUGCUAACUUCAGCUGAUGGAGAUGAUAGCGAUCAUGAUCAUGACGGCGUGCUUGAGGAGGCUGAGGAUCAGAAAAAACCUGUAACCUGGAGCUCGCUGCCGCGGAAAGGUCAACUGGCAGUUUUGACUUUUGCGCGCUUAUCGGAGCCCUUAACUCAGACUUCCUUACAAGCGUAUAUGUUCUAUCAGCUGAAAUCUUUUGAUCCCUCGCUACCAGACUCCAAAAUUUCAGCGCAGGCGGGUCUUCUUCAAGCUAGUCUGACCGCAGCGCAGUUUGUUACAGCUAUGUGGUGGGGACGGCUUGCAGAUGCUGAAUGGAUGGGUAGAAAAAGGGUGCUUCUGAUCGGAUUGAUGGGAGCUUGUCUCUCAUGUAUCGGGUUUGGCUUUUCCCGUUCCUUUGCAUCUGCCAUGAUCUUUCGAACACUGGGCGGAGUCCUGAACAGCAACGUUGGAGUGAUGAGAACAAUGGUGGCAGAAAUCAUUUCUGAGAAGAAGUAUCAAUCCCGAGCAUUUCUGCUUCUACCAAUGUGCUUUAAUGUCGGUGUGAUCAUUGGACCUAUUCUAGGUGGCUCCUUGGCCGAUCCAGUUCACAAUUUUCCACAAUUCUUUGGUCCGGGAUCUUUUCUCGGAGGUAAAGAGGGGGUCUGGUGGAUGCAGCGCUGGCCUUAUGCCCUACCCAAUGUUUUGAGCGCGAUAUUAAUCUUCGCCUCGGUACUCGCGGUAAUUUUUGGCCUUGAUGAAACACAUGAAAUUGCACGUUAUAAGAAGGACUGGGGUCGGAAACUCGGGAAGCGGCUCACAAGAGCUCUGACUCGGAAACCACGACAUUACCGCCCCCUGACACGUUCGAGAGAUGAUGACUCCGUUUACCUAGACGGUAGCGUGGGGACCUGGUCUACGCCAUCAAGCCCUGCCCGCUCACGCAUGCCGGCCCGACCACACAAACGGCCAGGUUUCCGCCAGAUCUGGACUCGCAACGUGCUUUUGACUCUGUUUGUUCAUUUCUUGCUAGCUUUCCAUACGAGUGCCUUCAACUCUAUGUCGUUCGUGUUUUUGCCCGCACCCCGUGCCCCCGAGGGCUCUCGAGAGGGUCUCUUUCAUUUUGGCGGUGGACUGGGUCUUCCAUCAUCGCGAGUUGGAUUUGCUACUGCCAUUAUUGGCUUCAUUGGCCUGCCGCUCCAAAUUUUCGUGUAUCCCCAGAUACAAGCAAAACUCGGCACGCUCAAAUCAUUCCGCACGUUCCUGCCUUUCUCGCCUAUCUCUUAUAUUCUGAUGCCCUUUCUGGUCAUCCUCCCGCGCAUACCAUGGAUUGUCUGGCCGUCCUUCACCUUUGUUGUUAGUUUGCAGGUCAUAUCACGGACGUUCAUUCUCCCUGCUGCCAUAAUCUUAGUGAAUAACUGUGUCACAGAUCCAUCUGUUUUAGGCACGGUGCAUGGGGUGGGGCAGAGUAUUACGAGUGCGGCUCGGACAUUGGGCCCACUCCUUGGAGGUUGGGGUCUUGGCCUGGGCCUUGAAUAUAAUAUGAUUGGAGCUGUCUGGUGGGCACUGGCUGCUGAGUCUCUUGUUGGCUGGGCUAUGCUGUGGAGUAUACAUGAGGGCAAGGGAAUAGAACGAAAGAAAGACGAAGAGGAGGAAUGA